AUGUCAAAUUCUAACAAUAUUGAAAUUGAUGAAUUGGGAAUAAAUAACAAGAGAAAACCAAUCCGAAUAUUAACACCAAAAGAAAUUAGUAAAGCUUUUCGUAUAAUGGCGUCUAGAAAAGCAGAAAGACAAGUUAGAGGAAGAUACAGGAGAAGAUCUUUAACAAGAGUUUUUUGGUUUAUAAUGUUCAUGUUUGUAUUCUUAUCGUUAAUGGGUGCUGGAAUUGGUGGAAAGUUAGAAAACGUAAGUACUUGGCAAAGGUUAGCAAUUGCAACUAUAUUUCUUUUGAUUAUGAAUCGUGGUUCACUUAUCAAUAAUGUCGGUACAGGAUUUGCGUCAACUGUUGAAACACGAAUUAUAUUGAUUGUUUUAGCAUUUGUUGAAUCAUUGACAUUAUUGACUUGGAUUAUAAUUAGAUUUGUUUAUCCAAAGAUCAUAAAGGAUGCUAAUUGGCUGGACACUAUAUGGUGGUGGAGGGUUAAAAGUGCUGAUAUUAAGGAUCUAGAAGGCACAAAUGUUGGAUGUUUUAGGUAUUUUGCUUGGGAAAGCUAUAGUCUUUUGUUUAGACAUGGUGUUGUCACUUAUGUUGGAGAAGUGGAUGAUGAUGGUCAACCACAUGGAUGUGGUGAAUGGGUUGAUGAUUCGUUUGAUGGUGAAUGUUUAGUAGGUAUUUGGGAACAUGGUGUUCCAAUUGGUCCAUUUCAAUCAAGAGGAUCUGGAACUGGCGACGCAUUUCAUUCAGUUAGAGUGGGCCUUGUUAAAAAAAGGAAUAUAUUUUGGGAUGAAUGGCGGUUUUAUCCAAAACCAUAUCAAGCCGGUUUAGAUUAUGUCGUAUCGUCGGUUGAAUGUUCUGUAUCAGGAAAAUAUUUGAAACAACUGCCUCGUGCCACUUUAAUUAAUCCUCCAAAGUCACGCGCUUCUGUUGAAAGCGAUCUUGAAUCUCGUAAAAACACGAUAGAGAAUUGCCUAAAGGAUUUGUUCACCUUUUCUGAUGCAAUGUGCACUGGUUCUGACGUUGGUGGGUCAUCACAUUCUUCAGUUUUGAUAAGGCUUGAAGAUAAAGGUUUCUUCAAUAUUAUUGGAUAUACUCCUUCAAAUGAAUUAACUUCCAGAGAUGAAAUAAUAAUUAGGAAGGUACCAAAAAAAAAUAAUGCUUUAGAUUGUUCAUCAUCAUCAUCAACGUCGAGCAUUGAAUACACGAUAAAUAUUGAUGGUUGGAAACCAUUGGAUAUUUGUAAGCCAUUUUCAUCGUCACCAAUAAAUCAACAUGUAUCUCACAAUGUCAUACAGGAAUGCAUAAUAUUUAUUCAUGGUUUUAAUUGUCCACCAAAAUUUGCCACGGAAACAUUCGGCCAAUUUCUUGCUUUAGCAGAUUUUCCCAAUUACAUAAAGCCAUUCGUAUUUAGUCCUUCUGGUUCAAAUUCCUUUUGGUAUUGGGAAGCACAAAAACAAGGACUAAUUGAAGAAGUGGUUAAUGACUUUAAAACAUUUUUAUUAGAUCUUCGUGAUUCAGGAUUUUCUGCUGUACACAUAUUAGGUCAUUCGAUGGGAUGUAAACUUUUACUAAACUAUGUGAAAGCAUUUGAUGAAAUUUUUCAAAUAAGAUGUAAAAGAAGUAGUGGCAAUACCUCAAAUACAUUUAAAGAAAAAUCAAUUUCAAUGGAUGUAGAAAGUCAGGCAAUAUCUUUAUCAAGUGAUGCUCAACAAACGCCAUCACCAUCAACAAUAACGACAAAAAAGAUGAAAUUAUCAAGUAUCACGUUGUUAAAUCCUGAUACGUCAUUAUUACAAUUCGUCAAUGUUGAUUAUCAACAGAUUUCCAAGUAUUGUAACCAUAUAACUGUUUACACAAAUAGACGAGAUUUUGCGUUACGUGUACGCGAAUUCAUGUCCAAAGAAAAAUCUUUGGGUCGACAUACUAGUAGUGAUUUAUAUUUGGAAGGAAAAUUGUUAAAUAUUGAUUUGAUUGAUACAACCCAAUUGGACGUUAAUAUACACAAGUUAAGACACAAUUUUUUUAAUUUGAAUCGCAUAUUAGUCGAUGAUUUGUGUGACAUUAUUGUGUCAGGUAGAAAAGCUAAUGAACGUAAAAGUAGACUAAAUAUAAAGUUGCAUGGUGUUUCCAAGGAAGGCAUCGUUUAUACUUUCCUAGUUGCACCCAGUUAUGUUAAGAAAGUUAAGAAAUGGUUAAAUGAAUGGUAUAGUAAUCUUCACAGUCGAUACAUUGAUAUUGUUUCUGAUUACGGAGGUAGUGAGUUGUUUGUGUUAGAAGGUGAUAGUCUUCUAUUUAAAAUUUUAUAUGAUCCAAAAACAAAUCUUCUUAAUUUUGGUAAAGAAUUUAGCGGCGGUCAGUUUUUAGCCCUAACAUUCUUAGUUGAAUCUUUUCUAAAGCAGCUGAAAGAUCGCGAAUGUGUUUUUCAUAUUAUAUUUUUUGAUCAACACAAAUGUAUUUGGAAUAAUAAUCCAAAAUUACUUUUGGCAAGAGAAAUUAUAAUUGAUCAUCUAAAAUCAUAUAAGGCAAAUGUUAAUAUUCCAAUAUUUAAAUUUGAUAAUUGGUGGGACGAAGAUUGGAGGGAUUAUAUAAACGACAGACAACCGUUGUUUAUUCUUUGUGAUAUUUCUUCUCUCACUAACAUCGCUACUGAAAAGUCAUUAUCUCUUACCAUAAUUUGGAAAUGUUUAUUGUUUCAUUCACUUCAUCAUGAUCUAUCGAUUGCUCUAUUAACCGGAAUGGAAUUUAGAGAUUCACGUGCAAGUGCUUUUGUUGCCGAUCGUGGAGGAAACAUAAAAAUUAACGCCAAGAUUGAGCAGACAAUUCAAGUAAUAGUAGAGGUAUGCGAAGCAUCUAUUAAAAUGUUUGAUGAAAAGAAUAGUUGGAUGAAAGGAUCCGUUUUAUCUUUUGAAUUUCCGUUGUUGGAUGAUUUAUUAUUAUCAAAAGAAACGGAAAAGAUUUUUCAUGAUGGAGGAAAGAGAAUGGUGCUCGUGAUUCUUUCGCUAGUUGGAGUUUUAAGUACAAGCAAAAGACCCAAAUACAUUCAACUUGCAAGAUUAUUUUUAUUACAUAUUUUCAUCUUGGAUUAUCUUCCAUUAAAAUACAGGGCAGCGCCACCACCGCCGCCUUUUGAUGAUGAAUCAGAAGAAAAUAGAUUCAUGAAGGAGUUUUAUAAAUUCUCUGCAAAAGCUUUAUUGAGUGAUGGUUUUAAAGAAAUAACCAAUAGUAUAGCCGAUUUAAGAAGUAAUCUUGGAGACUUUAUCGAUGGUAUAAUAUUUGCAUCUUUGAUAAGAUUACAAAACAAUGGAAAAUUUAGCUUUCCCCAGGAAAUUAAAAAUGAUUUCGAUGUUGCGUGGAGAUUGAUAAUGGAUUUGUGUAUGAGGAAAGGAUACGAUUUUUCAAAUGAUAAAAAUCACCUUUUAAAUGAUAAAGAAUAUUUAACGAUAGUGACAUCGAACGCAACAAAUGUUCAUGAACAAACAACAACUUUACUUCCAUUUAAUUUUCCAUUUUUCGAAAAAUAUUUAGGUAAUAUGCAAUUGAAUCUUUCCGAAAAUUCGAGUUUAGAGAUAGAUCAUGGGCAUUAUGGAAAUAUUGGAAAUAUACCAUUUCACGAUAUUUAUCAUUGGCAUAAAAAAAGAUUAAUAGAUGCUCCAGAACCUGUUAAAGAUAGUUUAAGAGAUUACCAAAAAUAUGUAAGUUUCAUGAAUAAAUAUGCCUUAUCCUUAAACGGGACUCAAGGUUUUUAUAGUAUAAAAAUAAUCAAAAAAAAUUCGGGAAAAGAGUAUAAACAAUCUAAUAAAGCAAAAGAGUUGAUAGAAGAUAUAAACAAAAAAAAAAUGAUUGAAAACUUUGAGAUUUCUGAAAAUAUCCUUGAUAAAGUUAUAAAAGAAUCAAAAGGUAUGAUGAAUGAUAAAAUAUUGGAAUCUUUGGAUAAUAUGAUUUUGAAAAAAGAUAAGAUCCAGCACCCUAUUUCAUUAUUACGUGUACAUUUUUAUAAGUUAAAAGUUUUGCUUGAUUUAUGGACAGAAUAUUGUAAAUAUUAUACCAAAAGCCAUCAUAAAAAAGAAUAUUGGUCAAAAUUUCCUGUAAACAUAUUUCGUCAAAUAUUUUUCAUUGCUCAAAAUUUUACAUUCAUAUUGAGUGAAAAUGAAGAGAGAAAAGAAAGAUUGAUAGAAAUUUUAAAUAGACUUGGAUUACAUGAUUCGGCUCUUAAGUUAGGAAAGAUGUGUAAUAUUGAAAAUACAAUCACAUUUACUAUUCCUGAUUCUUCUAUUGAUUUAAGUGUUAACACAACCGACGCACGAUUUCAAAUGAUUUACGCCGGUCAUUUAAUGGAUCGAAACACAAAUUCAAAAGAUGACAAGAGAGUCCCAAAUUUUAAGCCAGAUGGGUGGCAAUGUGAAGUGUUAGAUGUAAUUGACAGAAAUGAGUCAGCACUGGUAUGUUGUCCCACUUCAUCGGGGAAAACCUUCAUAUCUUUUUAUGCUAUGGAAAAAGUGCUUAGAAAUGAUGAUGAUGGUCUAUUAAUAUAUGUUGCACCUACAAAAGCGCUGGUUAAUCAAAUUGCUGCAGAAGUGUACGGACGAUUUACAAAGGAUUACGCUCAUGGUGACCGAAGUGUGUGGGGAAUUUACACCAGAGAUUAUCGACACAACCAUGAUAAAUGCCAGAUUUUAAUUACUGUGCCACAAAUAUUGGAAAUCUUACUUUUAUCACCAUCAAAAGAUGACGGUUGGGUCAAAAGAAUUCGUAGAAUUAUAUUUGAUGAAGUUCACUGUAUUGGUGAAAUGGAUGGCGGCAGUGUUUGGGAACAUCUUUUACUAUUAUCUCAAUGUCCAAUAUUGGCUUUAUCGGCCACAAUUGGAAACCCGAGGGAUUUUAAGAAUUGGAUUGCUAAAGCGCAAGAAAAGCGUGGUUAUAAAAUGCAUUUAAUUAUAACAACAAAGAGAUUUUCAGAUUUAAAACAAUAUGUAUAUAUUCCAAAAUUUCCUUUAAAUCCUUUAACUGAUUACAUAACUAAAUCGGAUAAAUCAUCACAACAAAACAGCAUAUUUCCUAUUCACCCUUUUUUCCAAAUGCCUACAGAGCUUGUUGCAGAAAAUGGGCUUCCCAGGGAUCUAAGGCUUAUUCCAUCACAAUGUAUAGAACUUUGGGAUGCAAUAAAAAAUAGAGUUGGUGAUGAUGUACCUGAUGAUUUGAAGAAAUUGGAUCCUGAUGAAUAUUUUACAAAAAUAGGAUAUAUUGUUAAGGAUGACGCAGAUAAAUAUGAAAAAGAGCUUAAAGAAAUAUUUGAAUCUUGGGCGAAAGAUAAAUCCAAGAAACAACUGAUUAAAAAUAUUGUAUCUGAUCUUAGUAAAGAUAUCAGGGAAAAAUUUAAAGUGUUAGAAGAAACAGCAAAAGCAAAAAUUAUUGUUGAUCAUGAAACAAACAAACAAAGAGAAUGUUCUAUUGAUCCUUAUAGCGAUCUGUUUAUUAAAAAUACCAUUAUUCAAUUAUUGUUUGAAUUGUCGGCACAAGAAAAAUUACCUGCCAUUUUAUUUCAUUUUGAUCGAAGGGGCUGUAAUGAUCUAGCACUUUCUGUUUUAGAUCAAUUAGAACGAGCAGAGAAGUCUAAAAGAGAAAAUGACACUGAAUAUCAAAUUAAAAAGAAAGCCGCUAUUGCACAAAAAAAAGUACUUGAUAAGGCAAACAAAAAGAAUCCAAUGGAUCCUAAAUUUUCAUUUCUAGAUGAUAAUCGUUUAUCAUCACAAGAACUUAAAGAUUUAAUUCGAUCAAAAACAAAAAAUAAACCAAUAGGAGAUUUAAUGGGAAAAUUAUUAAGAGCACUAGAAAGAGGCAUAGGAGUUCAUCACAGUGGCCUUUCAAAAAAAUAUCUUCAACUUGUUGAGAUCUUGUUUCGACGCAAACAUUUAAGAGUAGUUAUAGCAACUGGCACACUAGCACUUGGUAUUAAUAUGCCAUGUAGAACAGCAGUAUUCUGCGGAGAUUCUGUAUUUUUGACAGCGCUUCAAUAUCGACAAAUGUCUGGUAGAAGUGGCAGAAGAGGAUUUGAUUCAUUUGGCAAUAUAGUUUUUUAUGCGAUUACUUCAACAAAAAUUACAAGAUUAUUUAUGUCUGGGUUACCAAAAUUAACUGGCCAUUUUCCAUUAACAACAACCUUGGUUUUGAGAAGUUGUAAUUUGUUGACGCAAGCAAUAGAUAAAAAUUAUGCAGAAAAAGCAAUGUCGGGAUUACUUGGCGAAUCAUUUUUUUGUUUGGGCAAAGAGCAUUUAUCCGAACAGAUUAAACAUCAUUUACGUUUUUCGAUUGAAUAUCUGAUGAGAGAAAGUUUAUUGGAUAAAAAUGGUCAACUUAUUAACUUGGCGGGAAUUGCCACGCAUUUAUAUUAUACAGAACCUAGUAACCUUGCAUUUGCUGUAUUAUUUAAGCAUGGCACAUUUCAUGAAAUAUGUGAAGGUCUUAUAGAAGGUUCGCCUAGUUCUCUUAGCAACAAAGUGAUGAAUGAUCUGAUGCUUGUUAUGGCAUGUUUAUUUAAGAGAAUAAAAUUACGAAAUAUAUCUCAUAAAUAUUAUAAAGAGCAAUUAAGAAAAUAUCCUUCUAAAAUAUUUUUGCCACCAUUACCUGAGAAAAUAAAACGUGUCUUGGAAGAACAUAAUAAUCGUGUUUUAAAUAUUUAUACCGAAUAUGUGGCAACAUUUGCUAAACAAAAAUACUCAGACUUAGGCUUUGACGAUAUGUUGCCAUUAUCAAAACUCAAAACUUCAUCACGUGAAUUGCCAGAAUCAACGAUAACAACUGAUCCUUUAUUUUCUUAUUUGAAAUCUAUUGCAAUUCCAUAUUUUGCCAGAUCACCUUUUAUGGCUAUGUCUGGUUCAAUAGGAGAUAAGUUUUCCAGCAUAUAUGAUUUGUCUAAUCAUAUUCAUAGCAAAAUCUAUAUUGAUUCCUAUAGUAUUCCUUACGUUGAGACUGACAUAGAAUUAAAUGCAUAUUUGUGUGAUUUUUUUAGUCAUGGGCAACAAGAGACACUUAUAAAUGCAAACGGAAUUAGGCCCGGUGAAGUCUGGCAGGUUCUUAAUGAUUUUAAUGCUAUUUUACAAACGAUUAUAACCUCACUUCAGAUUAGAGAAGAAGAAAAGGAAAAACAAAAAAAAAUUUUUCACAGUGAAAAAGAAGUAUUAAAUGCAACAACUAUGGAGGCUAUUAAUUUUGGAACAAAACUUGCAAUUGGCACACAGAUUUUACUGGAAUAUGCAGAUGAGAUUCUUUCUUUUGAAAUAAAACUAGGAACAAACGAUAGAAAUGUUAGUGAAGAUCUGGAUGAUCAUAGCGAAGAAGAGGAUGAUGAUAAAGAACUUAUAAGAACUCAAGGAACAGUUAAAGCUGUUAUCAGGGCAGUUCCUGUAGCAGUGCUAAAACCAAUGAUUGGUACAUCUGAAACAGUUUCUAAAACAUUACUUGGAUUAAUGAUCCAACCAAAAGAUCACAAAUGGAGAGUGCGAGUCUGA